AUGGUCUCACUCGUUCGAACACUGCGCAAUAUGCGCAGAGCUGGACUCAAGGAGUGGUGGAGGCAGAUGCAGUAUAUUGGCGAUGCGAAAUACGGUCGCUUUGUCGGAAAAGACCAGUUCGGCAAUAGAUACUUUGAGAAUUUAAAUCCAGAGGAGGAGAUUCCAGGUCGUCACCGCUGGGUGGAUUAUGCUCAGCACGAAUUCCACGCUUCACAAGUCCCGCCUGAAUGGCAUUCGUGGAUCCACCACAUCCGCCAGAGCCCGCCCACUGAAGACGCGGUGGUGAAGAGUUUGACUCCUCCUUGGCAAGCUCCCUGGGUAGAGAACCUCACUGGCACCAGGGGUGCUUUCAAGACGUAUAACACUGCUGGACCUAAGAUUCAGCCAUGGGAGCCGAAGGUCACGGCACGGGGUGCUUAG